AUGCCGUCUUACGGCCCUCCUUCAUCGAUGCCUGCGUUAACUCCUCUUCCUUCUUCUGGAGAAGAUGUUUAUGAGGAUUUACCUAACUUCCGUGGAACUCCGGGUGUAAUAAUAUUCUGUUUAUAUUUGUUGCUUGUGAGUUCUUUGUUUGCUAAUCUGGGUCGCUCUGACUUUAACUUCGUGUUAUAUCUAUUGGGAUAUCAUAUAUGGUGUAUAGAGAGCGAUAUGAAGACAACUGCAGGGCUUCGCCGCCUCGUCCGGGGAGCUCGCCAGUUUGCAGUACUUUUGUCUGUUGCUACCCUUGUAGAUAUUACAUGGAAUUUCAUUGCUUAUUCUACUUGGGCAUGCGAUAAAGCAGAGCCUCAACUCUGCUUCCCUGAACCCCAAGAUCUUCAGGUUCGCUGGAGCUACGGCGCCCACAGCCUCGCCCUCACCCUCUCCCUCAUCAACCUCGUCUUAAAGGUCCUCGUCAUCUUCUUGACUUUCUCGUGGGUACAGCAGCAACGAAAACUGCUGGGCUUUACGGGUAGCCGGGGGACUGCGAUGUCCCCGCCCCAGGCCGCGCCUGUGACGAUGUGCGGCUAA